UACAGACAGCAAGACAGUUCGUGUAUUCAGAAUUCUUCCCGCCGCAGAUGCUAUGGCGGGGACGGGAGCAUGCUUGGCCGGAUCUGCGCACGGAGUCAUAGGAUGCACCCGGUCGAUGCCGUGCCGCCGGGGGGAGGAGAAGUGACCGGCUGUCCCUCCCUCCUUCAUGAAAGCCAGCGCUGCACUCGGCGCUUGAGGAGAGGCAGCAGACGCUUGUUUGGAUCGGCCACAGUCUCCUUCUCGUUGAGAGCGUAAGCGACCGCUCCGAUGCCGAUGAACAGGAUGGGGUCCCAGCGCGGGUGGACAAAGGCAGUAAAUCGAGACAUUUGCGCUUGCUUGGUGGACGGGCAAUCGGGAGCGAGGAAUGCCGGUGAGUCGUUGGCCGGCAGCUGGCUCGGAUGGUUCCUUGAGGCUGUCUGGACGAGGCUGAUCAAGGGCAGACCAAAGGCAGAUCAGGGACAGAUCAAAGGCAGAUCGGGGACAGCGAGGAAGCGCCGAUCCGCAUCGGGACUCGUUGAAAUCGGGCCAGAAUCCGACGCAGGCAGCCCAGGCGCAGCCUUCUGGGUCGUCGCUGUGUCCUCUCCAAGACCAGCAGACUCCCUCCAGCACCGGCUCUGCACCAGAUCUGCGUCUCCUCGCCAUCGCCGGCGCACCGCCAUGUCCAAACGGCGGCUGCUCUCGCGGAGCUCGGAAACGGUCUCGUCCUUCUUCCAGUCGUCAGCGCCCGAGCUACCUACCCGCCGCAGACGCAAGACCGCAAAGCACAUCGAGGUUGCCUACGAUGACGACUCCAAGAUCCAGUCCGUCGCGGAUUCGAGCGCAAAAGCCACACCCAAACUCGACGCUUCUGUCUCUGGAUCGGCGGACAAAGCAAAAACCGACUCGGAUCGGCCGGGCGAUGCCGAUGGCUCCGCACUCGACUCGCCCAAGCCCCGGCCCAGCACCAAGGAGCUGCGUGCAUCCGCCCGAGACAACUUCACCACCACAUUCUCGAAGCUAAAGGACUAUCGGGCGAGCAACCAGGCGCCCGUUGAUCUCAUGGGCUGUGCAUGGCUGGCGGAGCGAGACAAAUCACCCGAGGUCUUUCGAUAUCAGACCCUGGUUGCCCUUCAGCUGUCAUCUCAGACAAAGGAUCCUGUCGUGGCAGCCGCUGUCCGAGCCAUGCAAGGGCAUCAGCCCGGUGGACUGACGGUGGACUCGAUUCUGGACAUGGACGACAAGGUCCUGGGCUCGUACAUAUGCAAGGUAGGCUUCCACAAUAAAAAGCUCAAGUACCUCAAGGACACGGCUGCAAUCCUGAGAGACAAGUACAGCGGCGAUAUCCCCGACACCAUCGAGGGCCUGGUUGGGCUUCCUGGGAUCGGACCCAAAAUGGCCUAUCUGGCCAUGCAGUGCGCUUGGAAGAGGAACCUCGGCAUUGGCGUUGACACACACGUCCAUCGCAUCAGCAACCGUCUUGGAUGGGCAAGCACCGACAAGAACAAGCCAGAUAACACACGGAUCGAACUCGAGUCGUGGAUUGGCAAAGAGUACUGGGCAGAUUUGAAUCCGUUGCUCGUUGGAUUCGGGCAGCUGAUGUGCCUGCCCAUCGGACCCAAGUGCGGCGACUGUCCGCUGGCGGACCAGUGUCCGAGCUAUUGUCGAAAGUAGACUCUGAUCGACCGAUAUGCAAUAUAUGAAUGUGACCACUCUCGA